GUUUUUCGGUCGUAUUGCAAAGGAGCAACAGAAGUGGUGUUACCAUCAUUUAAGAAGGAUUGAUCCGGGCUAAACCAUCGAAGCCAGGAUGGGUGAUCUGGAAAAACAGCCAGAACAACCAAAGGCUGUCCAGCAAAAGUCGGUCAUCGCCAACAAAGUGACCGGGACAGUAAAAUGGUUUAAUGUAAAAAGUGGUUAUGGCUUCAUAAACAGAAACGAUACUAAGGAAGAUGUUUUUGUUCAUCAAUCUGCCAUUAUAAAAAAUAACCCGCGAAAGGCUGUACGUAGCGUGGGUGAUGGAGAAGUUGUCGAAUUUGAUGUUGUUAUUGGCGAGAAGGGUCAUGAAGCCGCUAACGUCACUGGACCAGCCGGUGAAGCAGUAAAAGGAUCCCCUUACGCUGCUGACAAACGUCGCGGAUAUCGCGGUAUCCACUGGGUUUAUCCCAGACGAGGCAAUGGUCGGCCUCAAAAUCGUAGACGUGAAGGCCAAGAAGGAUAUGAAGGUGAAGGAAAAACCGAGGAUUCGAACGCUGAAGGUGGUGGACAGCCACAACAACGUCGCUAUAAUAGAGUGCGACGUCAUUAUGAUGGUUACUAUCGUGGAGGACGGCGUACCGGGCCCCCUCAAGCGCAGCAACAAAGUGACAAUACCGGUGAAGGAGAACAAGAAGUAACCGGUGAGGGUGGUGUUCCGCCGCGUGGUGGUCGUGGUCGCGGUGGCCCGUCACGACGGUAUUUCCGUCGCAAUUUCCGCGGAGGAAGAGGUGGUCCUCCACGACGUCCUCGUAGUCAGGAUGGCCAGGCCAGGGUGACUGAUGACGGCGAGGCUGCACAAGUCAGUAAUUCGCGGAGAAAUCCACGACCACGUUACAGACGACGAUUAGUACGACGACCUCGUGCGACUUCGAGCCAACAGACGAAUACGCCAGAGCAGAAGUCGGAUGCUAAAGAUGUGGAUGCAACUGCUGCUGCCCCUGCUCCACAGGAAAGCCAAACGGUGCAGAACACUACAACCGAAAGCACCGCCUAAUUAAGAGAGAGUAACGCGCUACAUCUCAGUCGUUUAAUAUUUAACACCAAAAACAACUUUAAAAAAGCCAAAAAAAAUCAACAACACUCCUACACUCUCUCACAUUAAGAUAAGGAUAUGUAUGACCAUAAAAAUAUGUGGCAAACUUCGAAAAGAAAAGAAUCACAGCGAAGAAUAUAUAAAAUCCUGUUUUUACUCAAUCAGCCAACCGUUUAUGCUAAUCAUCUAACGAUUGGUAUAUAUUCAACGGAAGUUAACUGACGUCAGUCUUUGAGUGUAUUUUCUGUAACAUGAUAAACGAUUGACUAAUUGAAUAAACAAACAAGCAAAAAAACAGAAGGGUUAAAGCAAUCACGGAGUACGGAGCGAUGAAUUCGAGCGCGGCAAGUGACCGAUAUAAUAUAUAUUUUUUGUUUUGUUUUUGUGUAUUUCUCGUUUCGCACACAUUACUUCUGAAUUUUCUCCAAUAAAGCACUACUAUAACCGUUUUAUGUGCUAUAUUUGAGUUUAUUGCUAUAUAUUUCCGGUAACUUUCUUCACUUUCAGCAAUCUAUUCAUACAAAGAAGUAAUGAAAACCAUUUAUACGCGAAUAUCGCGUUUCAUUCAAAUGUUUUUGCCUGUCUCGAAAUCAUUCGUUUCUUUCUGGCUUGUAUCUCGAAAUUGACAAACUUGCCGUAUUGCUUUUACUCUUUUCAGGCGCAAUUAUCUUGUGCGUUAAUAAUCACAGCAUAUGAUAUAUUAUAAUUUUGAAACUCACACAUAUAUAUUGAUCCUAAAUUUUCUUAACUUUUUACAAGAGAUUUAUCACAAGCAGAAACGAUUAUUGUAAUAGCAUUUAUCAUGGUCGUAAUUUUAUUAAUUGUAUCAAACAAUUGUCAGUACUGGCCCCUGGAGGGUUCAGCGGUGCGUGUACUGUUAAUUAUUAUUGUAUAUCUUGUUAAUUAGACACAAAAUAGAAUAUCGGAGUUUGUGAGACUUCACAGUGAGAUACACAUGUGAGUUUGACAAUUAAUUCAUAAAUAAUAAUUUUUGGCAAUAUGAUCUGUUUGCAUUGUAUCGUCGAGACCAACUAAUAAAUCACUACUUUAAUACGCUUUUGAUAAGCUUAAAAAAUUGUAUCUUGUGAAAUCUCACGAUCUUCUGUAUUUUAAAUGUGAGUACAUCGUCCGGUCGUUUCUAGAAUUGACGUCGAUCGAUUAUGCACCGGGCAUUGGUCUUUUUGUUUAUUUCUCUUAUUAAACUGACCGCUUGCACGCGGCAAUCGACUCGAUUUGAUUUUUUUGGAACAAGAGCCGGGCGUAUCUCACAGGCUCGAGUGACAAUACGAAUUUCGUAGACUGUCAUGAGAGUAAAAAUAGAAGAAAAUAAAAUAAAAUAAAACUUUAUAAUUUUGCAUGAAACUAAUUUUUUAAAUUUUAUAAUAUCUUCUCGAAAAAAAUAAUUUAUAUACAGUGGAAACUUCGUUUGUUCGAACCGAUCGGGGAACAAGAUAGUUCGGAUAUUCGAGGUUCAAGCUCUAUUAUACGAACCAAUAGUUUUGAACUAUCGACGAACUAUCGGUUCGUAUAAUAGAGGUUGAGACCUCAAGUUGUUCGGAUAAAUGAGGUUCUACUGUACAUUUUCUUUCUUUAAGAAAAAAAAUGCUUUGAAACGCGUCUUCUUAUAAUUGAUAAUUGAAAAUAAUUUAUGUAUUAAUUUUCUCAUAUUACAUUUAAAAUCUAUAUCCAGACGAUACAAACAUAUGCGAAACACCAAAAUUAUCCAAAAAUUAAAUCUUAAUCUGUCAAAUCUCUUCCCUUUUUUUCUCUUCCAUUUUUCCUUUUCUUUUGUAUCGUUUGGGUGUAGUUAUUACAUAACAUGUUUACAAUUUUUUUGUCGUCAUAUUUUGUACUUGUCAGUCUAAAACCAAAUAUUGGAGCAAAGUAUGUUUUCACGAAUUUAUUCGAAUACAUACUUAUAUGUACGCGUGUAUGAAAUACAAGAUGUAGUCUCGUACACUGCGAUACAUUAUAGUAAAUAUCUUUCAGGUGGAAAAUAGAAGCUUCACGUUCGUUGGUUCAGUAUAGAGGGAGAAAGAAAAAGAGAAACUCUUACCCCGUUUAGAACGUAUUGAGUGCGCUGCAGUGUACACUUCAUACAUGCUGAUUAACAAAUAUGUGUUCGAAAUUGUUGUUUGAGGAACAUAGUUUGGCUCGACACUAAUGUUAAUACACGCAGUAGCUGUAUCCUGUCUAGGUGCUGGUAAAAUUUCGUCGAAGAUGCUACCUAAUGAUCGUCUUUCGAUCUUAUUGUUUUUUGUCUGUCUACAUUUAAGUAUAAUUUUUUCGACUACUCAACACAAGAAUGUCGAAUCUUCAUUAAGUUGCGUAAUAUCUUCGCUUGUGUACUCACAAAUUGGAAAGAUCGAGGAAUAUUCGUAUUACUCGUGUGAAAUCUUCGAUUGACUUAGAAUAUAAAACGACGCGUUAAAAGAUAAGCAAGAGUGUGCGCGUGAGUGCGAUAUCAAAUGGAGAGAUAAAGAGAGAGAGAGAAAGAUUAAACGCGCGGUUAUGUUACGCGGACGCGCGUUAUUUUUACUUUUGCGACUACAAUAAAAACUAAGCCGGUCUGGCUCCAAAGUCGCAUCAGACGGUGUCGAGAUAAUCUGUGUUUUCGUUUCUGCAAGACUCCAACAGACACAAGACGUAUAUCGAUCUAUGCAUGUCUCGCAUUUUUCCCCGCUUUUAAACUGCGAUCUAUGUCCGCUGGGACAAAACUGCGGUGACUUUUCUAAUUAACUUCCGUUGUUUAACGUAACCGCGCGUUCCCAUGAAAAACGCGGUAGAAAGAAAAAAUAAAUAAUAAAAUUUCAAGAGAUGGCCUCUUGAGACGAACCGAAAAGAGGCAAAUAAACAUUUGAGGCGGCGCGCCGAUUGAACGGACGCGCAGAUUGUAACAGCAAAAAGAAAAAAAGAACAAAUGCAUGUGUUAACAGUGAAUAUUCAGAGCUAAAAAUAAGAACAAAAAGUGGAAACAUAUAUAAUGGUAAAUCCAACAAUUAAAUUUACAUACGCGAUAGAAACAGCGUGAAAUAGUAACCGAGAAAAUGAGUUUGUGCGCGCUUCGUCACGCUGAUUAUCGUCAUUCAUUAUCGAGAUAUUAUCUGCCACCAAUCAUGAUCGGUCACAGAGCGUGUUACGUGUUCGCUGCAAAAAUUGAGAGAGACGUAUCACACGAUCGGGCAACGUAAAGAACUCAUCGGAAAAAAACAAUUGAUUUAUAGUACGCAUUGCGCACGAUUCGUUAGAUUUUUCGAACACUCGCGCAAAAUUCACGAAAUUUAUAUAUGAGCAAGUCUGUACAAGUCGAGUUUUCUCCACGUGUCGAAUAAUUUUGUCGAGUAAAGAUAAAUAUAUUGUGAGAUUUGUAUUUCAUCAAAAUUAUUCAACAUGCGAAGUUUCAAUCGCGCAUCGAUCGUAGAUUAUCCUAUCGGAGAGAUUUUAAAUCCUCGUAAAUAUUAAUGGGCGGUAUCGUAUUGCAAAA